AUGGACCCUGCCUUAAGGCUGCCCCACAUCUCUCUCCCGGCCCUGAGGCUGGCAACAGAGCCGCUGAGCUUGAGAGCAGAAGGUACCAGUUCAGUGUCUGCCCCUCUGAUCACAGCCACCUGGAGAGGUGCAAGAGCUGAGACUGCAGCACCACAGCUCAACUACAGGGGUUCCUGGCCACCAGGUUACCUACCAAGCAAUGUUGCUGCAAAUCGAGCACAGACUGCCAUGGGCCGAUUUUCCGUGGAGUGUUUACCGAAACAGAUCUGUACUACAGACAAGGCCAUCACGAUGAUCAAGGAAAAAAUAAACUCCAGUUUCCAUGGUGUUCGGAAGAUGUUUCAGGCCAGUGAUCCUAAGGGAGAAGGCACAGUUUCCAAUUUAGGAAUUGUUGGACUAUCACGCAUUUCCUUUGUUGACUUUGUUGGCUGUUUCCAGGAAACUAAGGUAAUGAAAAAUAAAUGGAUGAUACUGACAACUCUGAAGCAAUUGCAAGAUAAUGACACUAUGCUACAGAAUUCCAAGACUAGUUUUCUGCAACAGAAAUCAUCAGGCAAGCUUGAAGAAAGCAUCAAAAAUGAUUUUACUUUACUUAAACAGAAAAUGCAUGAAAGGGGAUUUGCAAUGCAAGCACAUUUCCCACCAUCGUGUCUGGAAGUUGGCGGAGCUAUUACAGCAAAGCAACUGAAAGAAGCUCUCGAGAGCAUGGGUAUUAUAAUGAACAAAAACGAUUUCAACAACCUCUGGGUGAGAAUAGAUGCCGAGAGAAAAUGGAAAGUGCCAACGCAGCAGUUUUUAACUCAAAUGGGAAUAAAUUCCCAAGGAACUGUUCAUUGUACAACAAUGCUCAGCCCUAAUGAUCCUUUAACAGGAGUAAAUGAAGAUUUAACAAGAACGCAAGCAGCUAAAAGUAAACAAAAAACAUCAAAUAGUGUUAUUAAUUUUGAUGAUGAUGUUAUUAAGAUAUUUAAAGUUAAGGAAAUUUAG